AUGCCCUUGUUCAAAAACCUACGAAGUCGCUCCCGGUCUAGCUUCCGAAGCCCAUCGCGAUCAACAGAGAAGUCCAAUGGAACGUCCAACGGUGCUCAGUCCAAUGGGGACGUAAUCUCCGGGAAGUCCUCCUCGACCCUCGACUCGGCAUCCUACAGUUCAGUCACUCCGCCAUCGUCCAUCAAGCCCAAUCUCUCUACACAAAAUCUACCCGCGCUGAACGGCUCCAACGGCAGCACUAACGGCGGGAGCUCCCCCCUCACUGUGUCCCAGCAGCGCCCACCUCCCUCAGUAUCCCCGUCCCAACGGAAUAGCUACUUCGGCGGUAGUUCCCUCUCUGUCAACAAUGGGGGUGCCCGGUCGUCGCCUGGCCCAUCGUCUCCCUACGCCCCCAGAAUUGUUUCAAUUACAGACAACGCAUGGGUUAACCAAAAAGUCCUGUUGAUUUACGGCCAAGUCGGGGACCCAAGGCAGCAUCCGCUGGACGGAAGUAUAACGGUUAAUCACCACCAAGAUAACUUUCCCCAAGUCUCCUGGCCCGUCAAUUCGUCUCAUUUUAAAGCCCUUGUACACCUUGUUCCUGGUCCGAAUCGCCUCCGUCUUGACUUUGUCGCCGCCAAGUCGUCGUCUGGCAACUUACAUCAUGCCACUCAUUCCUCUUGGAUCAAUGUCAAUUACCUUCCAUUAACCAACUCGCCACCUCUACAUCUCGUGAUAUUGCUUGGUAAGGAUUCUGAAGGGACGUUCGAUGCUGUACCGGAGAAGGCAAAUCGCGAGGGCAACAAUCUAGAAACCGCAAUUCGAAAGUACCGAAUGGCCGCAUACCUUUGGCAGGCAUUCACCGGUGAGCAGAUGUUUCGUAACAACUUCGGGCGACGAUGCUUCCGUUUUGAAGAAGAGUGGCAGCCAGGUACAGUCAGCGAACGGGAUGCAGCCAGUGGUCAAAUGCGGAACGAGGCGAAGGUUCAUAUCGUUCGGACCGAGAAAACUGUCGCGGAGCUUCGGGACCUGCAACUUGCCCAGCAAUAUGCCGCAGCCACUAGGAAGGAUGAGCUAUUCAAUAUCGCACAAGAGGCCGUGAAGAGCCACUUCCAACUGAAACCUGGUCAGAAACAGUACGUCUCCGUCAUGCUCCUCGACUCUCAUUGGGACAAGGAGUCCCAAACUAUAACGGGUCAUGCUGCCUUGGGCUCAGGCAGUGGCGACCUGAAGAUGGCAAUGUUUGGAUCUCACUGUCUGCAGAGUUAUCCGUCUAGUCUGGAGGGAGUAGUGGAUGCGUUCUCCGACUGCACUCGGACAAACACAGACUACGUCGCCAACGACUGUGGCCAGGCUGGCUCUAACUGGGAGUCCGCCAAUAUUGGUAUCGGAGCCCAUCUGCAUGAAGUCGGCCACCUCUUUGGCUGCCCGCAUCAGGAGUCAGGCAUCAUGCUCAGAGACUACGUCCGCCUCAACCGCUCCUUUGUGACUCGGGAACCGUUCUCGACUCGGACAAAGACGCAGGGCCUUCAUCCAUGCCUGCCGCAGGACGAAUGCUCAUGGCAUCGAUUGGAUACUCUGCGCUUCCGGUUUCACCCUUGCUUCCGGCUUCCUAAUGAUGCCCCCAUGAGCUCUGACGACAGCGUUCAGGCCUGGCCGGUUGAAAAUGGCAAGAUCUUGUUGACUGCGACCACAGGGAUAGCAUUCAUCGAGCUCUACGCUGAAGGAGACCAGGUGUGCCGCCAUUUCCUUGAGUACGUCAACACCGAGUCGACCAGUAAUGGGCUUCCGAAGCAAGUCACUGUGACGGAGAGCGAACUGCGGCAACGAGUAUUCGGUACCGACAAGGAGAAGAAGAAACAGAUCAAAAUCUCCAUAUACUCCGGCACUCUCGGAUCUUUCACCGUCGACUCCAUUAGCAGUUUAAAAUCUAAGAACUCGCAAGUGAAACUGCCAAAGGGCGUCGGUUAUCGCGGAUGCAAGCUUGGGUUGUCACAGCUCGCCGAAAGUCAACUAGAACAGCUUCUCCUGGAUUGUGCUUUUCAAUAUAAGAAGCUUCUGACGUCUGUCAGGAUCUAUCACAAUGACAAGGUGCAUGGACUAGAAUUCCUGUAUGAGGAUGCAACAAGUCAAAUGUUCGGGAAUCGGGAUGGAAAGUCCGACGAUUUCGUGCUAGACACGCGACGCGGAGAAAUACUCCUCGGCUUCUAUGUUCGAGCAGGUCACUGGAUUGACGCUAUCGAGAUUUUGACCAGCUUGGGACGAAAAUCUGGUAUCUUUGGCAAUGCUAGUGGAGGCUCAGGAUACAACCUGAUUCCUCCCUUAGGCUAUAAGAUUGCCGGUCUCACUGGAAGCUGCGGAGCUUGGAUCGACGGCCUUUCCCUCAUCAUCAUGCACUGA